AUCAAAUUGUAAACUGAGGGGAAAUCCAGUUGUAUGUUCUUUGUUUUGUGGUCGCAACGCAGGUUACGAAAGUGAUAAAACUGAGUUGUACAGUCACGCUGUGUGAACUCUAAUAGUUCGAAAGAAACAAUAGUAGCCUAGCCUGUGCACAUGGAACCAAUGAUUUUGCGGGUCGGAAACAGAAGUGAAACUGAAUGUGUAUUGGACAUAGUGUCAAAGGUUUAAGUAACUUCAAGCAGUGUGGGACGGCGUGAGGCUGAGAAGUGCUAUUCAACAUGCAGUCAUCGCUUCUCACGGUUAUUCUUCUAACAGGAGUUUUGAUCGCCCUUCCUCACAUUGCUCUAUCGAAAUCUGAUCAGGAGAUAUGCGAAGACUGUAAGGCUUUCAUGACGGAUGUUUCCAAGAUGCUUCGAAACGAAACAGACCAGGAAAUAAUAGUGAAAAAAGUUGAAGGGAUGUGUCAUAUCUUUGGAUCUGAAUACUGCGCAGAACUUGUAGAUGAAUACGGGCCAAUUGCCUUGUCUUAUUUGUCGGACUACUUUGUGCCGGGAAGUGUCUGCUCUGGUUUGGACUUAUGUCCAAGGAAAAAACGUAUGUCCGGAGCGGAACACCAUCAGUUGAACAAACCGCCAGUGAGGGACAAUGGUAACUCCUGUGCCGACUGUAUAACUUUCCUGGGCGAUUUGUCCGACAUGUUGCACAACAAAACCAAUCAGAACAUAAUCCGUGGCAAGCUACAUCAGAUUUGUAAUCUCCUCGGCAUCGAUUGUAGCGACUUCAAGAUUGAUAUUGCCCUGAUCUGGUUGCAGAACCUUUUGCCGAGGUCGAUCUGCAAAAAGAUGUCCUUUUGUCCUAAACAAUCAGAAUUUUCUGAGAAAGAGCAUCUUUCAUCCAAAAAUCAAAAUCCCAGCUUGUUAUAGGUUGCCACCAAGAAGGCCUACAUUCCGUUCUUCGUCCAUUCUUAUUGACAUCAAAACAUAUACAAACGAGAAAAAAAAGCUGUCAAAUACUUUGGUUUUACCUGUAUUUUCAUUGUCCUAAAAGCAGUGCUCUUCAAAUACUAAUAAGAAACUCGUAAGUCUGAACAAAGAAGAUGAAUUCAAACAAAGAUAAAA